AUGCCGGCACAAAAACGAUCCAGACCCGCUCCGGGCAGCGCCUCGAGGGAGGCCCCCCAGCCCAAGGGCACCGCGUUCCGCAAGUCGGCCAAGAAGCAGCGCACCGACGACCAGCAGGACACGGCCUCGUCCAAGCCCAAGCCCAAGCCCAAGCCGCAGCCCCAGCGGCAACGGCCCAAGGACCAGCCCAAGCCCAAGACCAAGCACGAGUUCAUCAAGGCCAAGCAGGAGGCCGCGAGAAGGGAAAAGGAGGCCGCCCAGGCCGCCGCCGACAAGGAAAAGCUCCAGCGGCAGCGCGACAAGGCAAAAGUCAAGGCGGCCAACAAGGCCAACAACGCCGGACCGGCAAAGCUCGUCAUCGUCCCACCGGCGCCCACGAGAUCCUUCCAUCUCAUCGCCGGCUCCUACGAGAGGAUCCUAUAUGGCCUGCAGGCCACUCUCGAGCCGACCUCGGAUGCUGCCGCCGAUGCGUCCGCCUCCGCCUCGUCCUCGUCCUCGUCUGGCGGCUUCACCGCGCAGCUCAAGCCCGUCUUCACCUUCCCCGCCCACGUCUCGUCGAUCCGAACCGUCGCCACCGCCGAUUCCACGUCCAAGUGGCUCGCCACCGGCGGCACCGACGAGGUGGUCAAGGUCUGGGACCUGCGCAGGCGGAGAGAGGUCGGUCAGCUGACGGGACACGAGGGCACCAUCACCUCGCUCACCUUUGCCUCCAAGACCUACCUCCUCACCACCAGCGCCGACUCCAACAUUAACCUCUACCGCACCAGCGACUGGGCGCUCCUGCGCACGCUCAAGGGCCACAUCGGCCGCAUCAACUCGGCCGCGCCGCACCCCUCUGGCCGCCUCGCGCUCAGCGUCGGCUCGGACCGCACCAUCCGCAUGUGGGACCUGAUGCGGGGCCGAGCCGCCGCCUCGACCAAGAUCGGCAUCGAGGCCGACCUGGUGCGCUGGGACACCAAGGGCCGCAGGUUCGCCGUGCUCGCCUACCGCCAGGCCAUGGUCUUUAGCACCGAUAUGACCAAGAUCGCAGAGGUGGAGGACUCGAAGCGCAUCGGCGACAUCCAGUUUGCCAGGGUCAGGGUCGGGGCGUCCAAGGAGGAGCACGAGCUGCUCUUUGCCGCUCUCGAGGAUGGCACGGUCAAGAUCUACGACCUCGAUGCCAAGGUGGCCGUCGACGAGGCCGCCAAGGAGGCCGAGGGCGGCAAGAAGGAGGAGAAGAAGAAGAAGGAGGCACGGCAGGAGGACGACGCCGGGGAGAGCGGUGACGAGAGCGAUGACGACGAGGAGGAGCAGGAGGACCUCACGCCACUCGUCGAUGUCGGAAGGCUGGUCGGCCACAAGAACAGGGUCAAGGCCGUCUCGAUUCUCCCCGUUGUGGUCCCGUCCGACGCCUCGGGCAAGGGCAAGGGCAAGGCCGAAGCAUCCGUUCCCGCCUCGACCUGGGUCGCUUCUACGAUUUCGUCUGACGGGUUCAUUCGCGUCUUUGACCUGACGGCCGUCUGUGCCGCUCUCUCGCCUGCCUCGGCCGGCGCCAAGACGCUCGACGCCUACGCCGAGGGCCUCGUCUCGGUCGAGGCGAUCGGCUCUUACAACACCAAGGGCACCAGGCUCACGUGCCUCUCCACGGUCGGCAUCCCACAGUCGACGGCAAAGGCCAACGGCGACGACGGCGACGGUGACGAGGACGAGGACGAGGACGAGGACGACGGUGCCGGUGCGGUGGUGAUCGAGAGCGACGAAGACGCCGUCGACGUCGACGGCAUGGACGAAGAUGAGUCGGACGGCGACGAAGGCGAGGUCGACGAGGCUGCCGAGGAUGCCGAACUCAAGAGGCUGGAAAAGGCGCUCAAGGAGGCCCAGGCCAAGGGCCUCAAGCUCGAGGACCUCGAGGAGCUGCUCGAAGCCGCAGAGGCGCAGGGCAGCGACUUUGACCUCGACGACGACGAGGAGUACGAUGCCGGAGACAGUGAUGACGACGAAGAGGUCGACGAGGUCGAGGACGAGGUCGAAGGUCCGGACGAGGGCGAGGAGGAGUAG